AUGACUCCGGAGGUGAAGAGGGUGGAGGUCCGGAAGUCGGGUCGGGGUCGGUUUGCUGAUGUGGGUUCAAACAUCGUCAAUGUCCGCUUACAAAGUGGAGAGGUAACUGAACUAGGAGCGACGGAUGUUGUCUUUGCCGCAGGACCUUGGACAGGCAAACUGGCAAAGAAAUUACUUGGAAGAAAGGCUGGUGCUGCUGGUGACAUUGUAUCUAGGCAAGUCUCUUCUCAAAAAUAUUUUGUGACACUGUUGCUGACAUCCACAACCAGCAAUCUGUCAACAUCAAUAGUUCUCUCACCACCAUCAUCUCAUAGAUUUUCGCCACAUGCGCUAUUUUGCACGCUUGUGCUUCCAAACGGCCAAAUUGCACAGCCAGAAUUCUACCCUCGCCCCGACAAUACGCUCUACGUAUGUGGUGCGGGGCUCACAGACAAGACUCCACUCCCUCUCAGCUGCGCAGACAUCAAGUAUAACAGCGAAGGCGAAGAGCGACUGAAAGAACGUGUUCGACAAGUGGUCAAGGAUGAGUGGAUCGAGGGUGCAUUUGACCGCUCAGAUUUUAUCGUUCAGGCCUGCUACAGGCCUGACUCGAGUAAGACCGGUGCCCCGAUCAUCGGUAAGUUGAGAGCUUUCUUAGCAGCUGGGCCAUUGUUCAUGACACCUGAGAAGCUCUUUUGUCGACCGUGCUACUCUUAUCUGUCCCGAACAUCACAUUCGGCCAUUGGCACGCAUCCAACACCUCGAAUAGCUCGACAUUUUCACGCGUUUAGGGGAGGUCAAAACCUCUCAGCACGCUUCUCUCAUAUGCCAUGCCCUUCGCAAACGGAAGAAUCGUCAAUAGAUGUGGGAGUUUCGAAGCUUAGUGACCAAGGAUUGGCCAACGAAAGUACGAAGGCUGCUGCGUCAAGGCUAGUUAGAGGUGGUCAGGAGUACACGUCAUUCCAUGGUGUCAAAGUUCCGAAGAAGCCAACCCCUCCUACUGCGGACGAAUGUUGGCAAGUACUGGUUUCCGUUAUCCGUGUUUGUACCCUAAUUACUCUUGUUCCCAAAAGCAUGUCAGGCUGCGCUGUAUGCGUAUACGACAUCUACAUGGACGCAAAGAAGUCUUUCCGUAUUAGCCUCAUCUCGGCACUCGCUAAACUCGAGUCUUUACCGCAGUCACAGGCAUGGCAGGAACAUGAAUGGCCCGAUGGACUCCGCAAACUUCGUGAGCAGCGGAGAAAGACCAAAGAACGGACGAAGAUGUCUUCUAUGGUGGGAGGAGGCUCCGAAAAGCUCACCGUUCCGCUGAUCGACGAUCUGGAAGAUGCACAAGAGACGGCGAUUGAUGCGAGCAUGAAGGCCUUUGCAGCUCUAGAAAGGAGCCUGAAACACAAGGGAUAA